CGCGCGGCGGGGCGGGGCUCCCGGAAGCUGCCCAUCCCGCCCGCUUGCCGGCACCUCGGAGCCCGCGCUAGUGGCCUGAGGUCACCGGCGUGUCUAACGCGCUCUCCCCGCCGGCCCGUCACCCCCGCCUCGCGCCCGAUGGUGAGCAGUGUGUUGUGCCGCUGCGUGGCUUCCCCGCCGCCGGACGCCGCCGCCGCCGCCUCGUCGUCCGCCUCAUCGCCGGCGUCCGUUGACCCUUGCGGCGGCGCCGUCUGCGGGGGCCCGGACCACCGGCUGCGCCUUUGGAGCCUUUUCCAGACUCUCGACGUCAACCGCGACGGCGGCCUGUGUGUCAACGACCUGGCCGUGGGACUUGGGCGCCUGGGACUGCACCGCACAGAGGGCGAGCUCCAGAAAAUUGUACAAGCUGGCGACAAAGACCUCGAUGGGCAGCUAGACUUUGAAGAGUUUGUCCAUUAUCUCCAAGAUCAUGAGAAGAAACUGAGGCUGGUAUUCAAGAGCUUGGACAAGAAGAAUGAUGGACGGAUCGACGCGCAGGAGAUCAUGCAGUCCCUGCGGGACCUGGGAGUCAAGAUAUCUGAACAGCAGGCAGAAAAAAUCCUCAAGAGAAUACGAACGGGCCACUUCUGGGGCCCUGUCACCUACAUGGACAAGAAUGGCACAAUGACAAUCGACUGGAACGAGUGGCGAGACUAUCACCUCCUGCAUCCCGUGGAGAACAUCCCUGAGAUCAUCCUGUACUGGAAGCACUCUACGAUCUUUGAUGUGGGUGAGAAUCUGACGGUCCCCGAUGAGUUCACGGUGGAGGAGAGGCAGACGGGGAUGUGGUGGAGACACCUGGUGGCUGGCGGUGGGGCGGGGGCUGUAUCGAGAACCUGCACGGCCCCCCUGGACAGACUCAAGGUGCUCAUGCAGGUCCACGCCUCGCGCAGCAACAACAUGUGCAUCGUGGGUGGCUUCACCCAGAUGAUUCGAGAAGGAGGGGCCAAAUCACUCUGGCGCGGCAAUGGCAUCAACGUCCUCAAAAUUGCCCCCGAGUCGGCCAUCAAGUUCAUGGCCUAUGAACAGAUCAAGCGUCUCGUUGGGAGUGACCAGGAGACUCUGAGGAUUCACGAGAGGCUUGUGGCAGGGUCCUUGGCAGGGGCCAUCGCCCAGAGCAGCAUCUACCCGAUGGAGGUCCUGAAGACCCGGAUGGCCCUGCGCAAAACAGGCCAGUACUCGGGCAUGCUGGACUGCGCCAGGAAGAUCCUGGCCAGAGAGGGCAUGGCCGCCUUCUACAAAGGCUAUGUCCCCAACAUGCUGGGGAUCAUCCCCUACGCUGGGAUAGACCUGGCCGUCUACGAGACACUCAAGAAUGCCUGGCUGCAGCGCUAUGCAGUGAACAGUGCAGACCCCGGCGUGUUUGUGCUCCUGGCCUGUGGCACCAUGUCCAGCACCUGUGGCCAGCUGGCCAGCUACCCACUGGCCCUGGUCAGGACCCGGAUGCAGGCCCAAGCCUCCAUUGAGGGCGCCCCGGAGGUGACCAUGAGCAGCCUCUUCAGACAGAUCCUGCGGACCGAGGGGGCCUUCGGCCUGUACCGGGGGCUGGCCCCCAACUUCAUGAAGGUGAUUCCGGCCGUGAGCAUCAGCUACGUGGUGUACGAGAACCUGAAGAUCACCCUGGGCGUGCAGUCGCGGUGACGGGAGGGAGGCCAGCCUGCCCGCGGACUCGCUGAUCCUGGGCCUGCAGCCCCGGGAUGUGUAGCCAUCUCAUUCUGUGAAUGUGCCAACACUAAGCUGACUUAAGCCAAGCUGUGAAGACCCUGGGACGCACCUGCAGGGGUGGGGGCAGAGCCGGCAGGCCCGCUGGGUCUGUCCUGCUGACCCUGGCUGACCCUCGGAUCCAUUCCAGGGAAGACCUGUGGGUGUUCCUCAGGGUCCAGGGCUCAGCAGGACACAGGCUCGCGUGCGUGGGGACAGGACAUUUCCUGUGCUGCCUGCCGAAUAGCUGGGCUGGGAGGCUGGCUUCGUUCUUCCAUCGCGCCCUCGCAGCCAGACCAUUGGCGUGGGGCGCCUUCGGGCCUGCUGAGCGUCCUCCCCGGGCCCACCUUGCUUCCUUCCUUGCUGCUGUUUUAAAUGGUAGGAGGAGGGCCCGCAGCCCACUCCCCCCGCCACGCUGCUCCUCUCUGCCCAGUCCGUGGGGAAGGGUGGUUCUACCUGACCUAAGCCCGACUUCCCAACCGGCAGCGCAGCCACUGGCAGGGAAGAGGGAGGAGUCUGGCUUCUGAGCUGCCCCGCAGACGGGCACCUGGAUGCCCGUGUGCGUGACGAGGGCAAGGCUGCCUGGCAUCCUGGCGCAUGGCUUCAUGGGUCCUGGGACCCAGAGGGCCUCUGCUCCCUGCUGCUGGGGGGCUCAUGGGGCUCCGAGCGGGCCCCGGCCCCUGGCAGGACUGGCACCAGCUCAGAACUAACUCCCUCUCCCUUCCCGCCGGCAUGAGGGCAGCGGGCAUUGUGUUGAAGCAGGAAGGGCAGUUUCUGCCCUGAGUCUGCACGCCCUGGUGAGAGAAGGAAAAGGUGUUCAAGGCCUUAAUUAUGUAUUGUUGGAAAAAGGGUUUUGUUCAGAAAGACAAGCCGGACAAAUGUACAAGUUCUGCUCUUCCAGGGAGAAGACAAAGAGAGCCAGUGGCUCGGCCGACCGCGUUUAAGUCUGUUUCUGACGCCCCGGGGAUUCGUGUCCAAUCCCAACUGGGGCAAAGUGGGACCAGCCUCACAUUCCACUGACGCAACGUAUCACACUGCUGGGAGC